AUGUCCAACCCAGCCUCCUACGAUUCAAAUCGGCGAUCGGCCAUAUUUGGUCGUACCCCUGAGGAGCUGCAUAUUCCCUCAACUGGGUUGAUCAAUCCAAAUCCAUCGCGCCAGCCCCCACAAGACUACCCCACUACGCCCGAUGCAAGCGCCGCCGCCCAAGUGCCUUCGAUCAACGUCCACUCCUCGCAGUCGCAGCACCAGCAGCUACAACAGCCGCAGUUGCAGUACGGGGGAAACCCAGGAAACCCCAACAGUGCGCUUCCAGGAUCUCUCACACCUGGGAAUCAACACCGUCCAACCGCAGUCUCGGUCAACACCGCUCCCUCCGUCAUUCCCACCCUCCAGCAACAGCCGUCCGCACAACAGGCUAGCCAUCGAACAAGCAUGAUCAACUCGCACGGCCACUCGCGAUCCAGCCCCGCCGGUUUCGAUCAGUCAGUAUACAAGCAGCACGGGGGCAUGGAAGGCUCCAAAUAUCCGACCUCGCCGGGCGGAUACACCCCCCCAGACCCCGCAGGGCUCCAAGUAUUCGCCGCUGGGUUUGGCCGAUAUUCGACCUCCCGGGGAGCACUUGCUGGGGGAUCCUCUGAUGAGCCCCGGCUCGCUCCCUUAUAA